AAGCCCGUCGCAGCAAAUGGCUGAAAUCCUUUCUCGCUGUGCCGCUAUCAGUAAACAAGCUGUUCUGAGUCCUGGCCAUCGUGGAACCUGAUGUUGACUUCGCCGAAGACCUCAAGAAGAGCAUUGGGUCCACUCGAGUAUAAUCAAUAUGUUUUAUGUGACGCUGUAUACGGUGUAUUGCUGGAGGCCUUACUUUCCGCAACCCUCGAGCACUCUUCGCAUUCUACUACGUCAGCUGAGGAUGUUGGCCUGGCCACUGCUACAAUCCUUUCUUGUCCAGUCCCUAUCGCAGUAGCCUCAGGUGUCGUCUUCCUUUCAGGCAAAACCUUCGCUGCUUUCUCCUGCCCGCCCUAUCCUAAACUGAUAUUUUUGUGCGGUGGUCUAUCUGAUCGUGAUUCAGUGAGGUCCCUCAACGCAGUCAAUGUCAUCGCUAACGAGGUUUCUGCCAACUCUCCUCUUUCUCGUUUACCUCAUCUCACAUUCUUGCUAUGCAGAAGUGGGUAAAGGGUGAUACUGGUGCAAAAUCUGUGUUUAAGGCCAGGGGCAGGGCUCGCUCGCUCGUAGCGAAAUGCAAGCUUGAAGCCUGAAAUAUUAGAACUCAUCUCUUAAAAUAAUAGA